CCGAGGAAGCGAUGGCGACCCCGAGGACUUCCUGCAUCAGCGUCUAACCGCCCUGACGUUUGUUGUGAGGGAAGGGACGUUUCAAUGAACGUUUAGUGGACGUUUAGGACGCCGUCUCACGCGCGAUGGCCGAUCCCCCGGGUGUCAUGGAGUCCCAGGAGUACGAGGAAGUCCCCGAGGAGGUGGUGGGAACUUCAUACAUGUGCGGAGAAUGUUUCCUCCUUUUCCCAACCACAGAGGACUUUAAUGCUCACGAGUGUCAGAUUACGGAGGUUGAGGGAGUGGAAAAUGUGUGCCAUGAGAAUGACGGAGAAGGGGCUGCAACCGGUGAUCUUCCGCAACCCAACUCCUGUGUUGAUACAGCCGUGGUAUGGGAGACAGGGGAGACCGAGGCAGCCAUGGAAGAAGCAGUUGCCAGUAUCUUGGGAGAAAGGAUGAAGAAGAUGGCGCCACUCAGGAACUCAAGCCCAGAAAGUGAAUUCGAGCAGACAUUGGUAGUGUCCGGGGAUCAUCCAGGUGGACACUCCAUCGAACACACAAGCCUUAUAGACCCACAGAUGGAGCCCGUUGUGGAGCAUACAGUGGAGCACACAGACCAGGUGGAUCCAGGAAUGAUGGUGGAAGGUGUAGAAAUUCCCUCAGCCAAUGUAUACAUGUAUGAUAAUCCGGUGUACCUGAACCGUCUAAUGAAAGACAACACUUUUGGGAGAAGAGUGAGGCAUGAUGCUCCAUAUAGCCACCGCUUAGGCCCUUGGGACAAUAAAUCAAGUCGUCUCCUGAUACAGUUGUUGAAAGAAAACCCAAAGGCCUAUUUCAUCCUUGACAAGGAAUGCAAAAGAACAGAAGCUUGGGAAAUGAUUCGCGUAAAACUUGCCGAUGCAGGAUAUCAGUUUACAGUAUUGCAGAUUCGUAUGAGAUGGCGAGAAUUAUGCAAGAAAUACCGCAAUACAGUGAACCAUAACGAUAUGCAUAAUAUGAGAAGAACGUGUCAGUAUUUUGAUGAACUUAAUGAUCUCUUUGGAAUAUGGGAUCGACCAGCUACACUGUUGCUGAUUAGACAACUAGAAGCAAAUGGUAGUAAGCGCCUUGGACAGAAUGGUGGAACGCGAAUGAGACACAAGGUAUGGGAGCACAUUCGUCAGGUACUAGCGGCUCAUGGUUACAGUUACACAGCUGACCAGGUUCAGGGUCGAUGGAGCACCCUUGUCACACUCUACCAGCGGAUGGUUGAGCAUAACUCAAAGCCACAUAAUGAACCCAUCAAUAUAGCCUUUAAAGACCACAUUGAAAGGGUGUUCAAGUAUGUCCCAGAACGCAAUUCCAAAUGGCUCAAGAUAAUGGAAAAGCGGGGGAAGACCCCAAAGACAUUAAAAAAAAAGUGGACUCUUCCAAUUGAGAGACUAUUAUUGAAGUGCUACCAUGAGAGAGUGUACCGCUUCAAUAAUGAACAUGUCAACAACACCGCAUUAUGGCAGGAAAUUGUACAGCAACUAGAAGAUGAGGCAGGAUAUAGUACCACAGUUGAAAAAGUGCGAACACGUUUCUACGAGCUGACCAAACAGUUUUCAGCUAUGGAGCAGCAUAAUGCACAGCCAGGAACAAUUCGCAGAGAAUGUAGACACCACGAAAGUUUGUCAGAGAUCUACAACAUCUACAAUUACUGGCCACAUGAUCGCUCAACUAUAAAGCUUGAAAAAUCCAACGUUAUUAGGAUGAGGCAAGUUAAUGCUCAGCUCAUGUGGAGUGAGGAUGAGUCUCGGGCUUUACUGCAGCUUUACCCACAAGUGUUGGUUGCACACCUUAGUAGUGGGGACCAUCAACCAACAGAGGAACUGUGGCUUCAGUUGGCAAAAGCAUACCUUACUACACAGAAUGAUCGCAAGCAGUGCUACGAGAUUGAAGAACACAUUUCACUUCUGAGGCGAGGAUACAGGAGUCAAAAUCCAUUUCCCUUUGUGUCAGAGAUGCAGCUCUUGGAGGAAACGGAAAUGACCCUCGGUUUUACUCCUGAACCUUUAUCAACCGACAGUGAUCAGUUGGUGCCAUACUGGAGCCACACAGCAGCACACCUCCUUCUAGACUUGGUCAUGCACCAUCGUCAGGAAGCUGUUAAGAACACCAAUCUGUUUGAGAUGAUCAGUCAUGACAUGGCCAGACAUGGCUUCAGGUAUACUGGGGAAGAAUGUCGCAUGUACUAUUCACUACUUCGCCAGCUGUACACUAAUAGGAUGCGUACCAUUAAGCGUAACAAGGAACUUCUCAAACCAUUCCCAUAUAUGGAAAAGAUGGCUGAAUUAGACACAAUUGUUUCUCAGCCAAAAUUUUCAGAAACCAUGAAGAACAAGGAGAUUAUUAUAGCAAUGGCUUGCUCCAAGUUAGAAGCUAUUGAAGGCGGUGAUGAGGACUCUCAGAGGGAGUUCCUGGUCAAUAUGCUGACCAGUCUAAAGAUGCAGAUCAAAAGAAGUGGCCUUGUUCAUCCUCCUCCACCAAUUAAGCAUUUGGCUAGUAUUUUAAUUGAUGCAGUAAAAGAUCACGAAGAGGGCGAUGCAGAUAUUGGCAAGUUAAGGAUUGUACUCGGGCCUCAUUUGAGUCUGCUGGAGUCGAUAUCGGAUAAAGGAACGGCAAUGUAUUACCAGCCUGUACAAAUUAGGAAAAAGGGAGAAAAACUGGUGCUGAAAAAAGCUAUGCAACAAAAAUAUGGAAGUGUGCGAUGGACAGAGGGUAACAUCCGCGUCAUGUUGGACACCCUGAAAGAAUGGAGGCUUUUGUGCCAUGAUGAUGGGGAGUUGGAGCUGAUGCUGGGCAGUGGGCAGCCAGUAUGGAAAGAGGUCGCUUCUAGAUUAAGUAACCGCUACAAAGUUUGCCCCAACAAGUGCCAAGAAAGAUUUUCUCUGAUGUGUAGAGAGUACAAAAGUGUUGUUUUAUUCAACACCCGGAUGAUUAGUGGAGAUGUUCCUAAGUCUGUGAUGUGUGAGGAGGUUCUGAAGACGAUUCUUAAGCCUUUUGUGUGCCAUGAUGCUGAACCUGAUGUUAGAGAUCAGUGGUGGGAAAAUGAAGAGGGCGGAGACUGGAGUCGUGAGGAGACAUUGGAGUUGAUUUUCACAGUUAGGGAAUUCUGGCCAGGCUGGCCAAAGAUACCUAUGGAUUGGGAAUUGGUGAGUCAAGUGAUGGAGGCGGGAGGCUAUCCCCGAGAAGCAGAAGCAUGCCAGAAUCGCUUCCAGCAUCUAUACAGCAGUUAUCAAGCAGCUUCACAAUUCAAUCAGACCUGUGGAAUGCGUGCCCGGCGCAGACCACCAUUCUAUUUCAAAUUAAAAUCUCUUUUUGGAUACAAAGAAACUUGUGAAUCAUCAAGUCUUGUUGAGCCAAGCAGAGGACAUGAAGAAGAUAUUGAAGCCGAAGAAGUGAUGGCAGUCCUGGUCACCGGCCUGAGGGAGCUGAAGGGCCACUCCUGCCACAGUGCCCCACGCUGGCCCCUUCUGCUGUCUCUUGCUCAGUACCUUGAUGAUCACUACCAGUAUUCUUCUCCAACCUUCACCCCAUACCAAGUUUGGCAUCUGUUAGUGCAGUUACAUCAUACUCACAGGCAGGCCUUGUUACAAGGUGCAGAAGAUUCUUUGGGAGACCUUGAAGGCCUGUGGGAAGAUCACCCAAAUCCCCUUGUAGCCUAUGGGUUCCAUGCUCUGCCCGUACCUGGAUAUCAGACAAUUGGUGAGUGGAGUUUUGAUGAAGUAAAUCAACUAAUUGAAACACACGUUAGCUGGGAGCUUCAGCCACGCAAUGUACACUCCUCAGGAAAGACUGUGAUGAAGGCAGCAAGUGAACUGUUACAUACUCAAGGUUAUAACAAAACCCCCACACAGUGCCAAGAGCAGUGGCAGUACAUGGUGGCCACAUUUAGACAUGGUGGAUAUAGGCAGUUUUCCUAUCAGAUGAGUCUAAUUAAGUUACUGGGCCACUCGGUUCCAAAUCCACAUCCAGUUGACUCCUUUGUUACGGGUAAGAAUCUCCAGGAUCACCAAAGUGUCAAUCAUACUAGUGCUGUAGAUCAAACUAAGCCACUGACACAGUCUCCUAAGAUGAGAACUACUGCAACAUCUCCCUUGCAGAAAAAUAAUCGGUUACCAAAGUGCUCAGUAAAGAAGAUGAAAGUGAAUGGUCAGGAGAUGGCUGUGCUCCUUCUUAUUGAUCAGGAAAAUAAAGAUAUGGAAAGCGGUGAAAACAUGAUUACUGUUAGUUCAAUGGCAGAAAAUGUAUCUGCCUUUGUGCGCAUUAAUGUAACACCCCAAGGAAUGCUGAAUAAACGAAGUGUCCAAGCAUCAACAGAAAGUUUAGUAGAAAAUGAGCAGGGAAGUCACAUCACAGUUAAACAAGAACCCUAUGAUGAAGACUUGCUUACUGAUAGUAAAGCACCAAAAAGGUCUUAUAAAGGUAUUACUUGUAGAGGACAAAAAAGUGGCAGAGGGAGAGGAAGACAAAAGCAUCAUAAGUCCACUACAACAAAGACAAAAGCUGUUCCUUAUGAUACUCCAGAUGGUAAAGUUACAUACGUCUUUAAAUACAGUGGUGAUUCACAAGAUGACAGAGUUCAAGUGAAAGUUUUAAGUGUGACAGAAGAAGAAAAUGCAAAAUUAGUACAUUGUCACACAGUUGAAGGCGUCGUCCCUCCACGUACUUUGAAACUUCAUUAUCCUCUAAACCACCCGCUGCCUUCAGAUAUUAAACACAUGUAUGUUCCAAGAAUGAUGGUUCAUCCAGAUCUUAUGGCAGCUAAAAGAAUACAAACUGAUGAACUGCCCAGUACAUCAAAAGUGGGAGAGAAAUCAGAUGUAACUCCUAUGAAAAUUCCUAUAAGAAUCAAGGAGGAGCCAUUAGAUUUACCAUCUGGAGAGAUAGAAGAGGAAGCUGAAAGUUCCUGUGUCCGUGAGACAAAGAGUCCUGGUUUGGCCACUUCCAUGAAGUCAGGAGGAAAACGAUGGGAUAUUAUGAAGAGUCUAGCAAGGUAUCGGCAACAGUCUCGUCAAGAGAGAACAAAACUUUUGCAUCUUCUUCAGGAUAACCAUAAACAUCAAACCGCUUUACUGAAACAAAUGCUCACUGUCUUCCAAGACUUACAAAGUGCAUUGUGAUGAUUCUUCAGUGUUUGUAUGUACUUACUUUUAUGGUGCCUAUUUUGAUGACCAAGUUUCUUAAUACUACAUAAACAUGCUUUGUAUUUUACAAGGACAUCUCUGUUCAUCGGUAUGCAUUGCUUAUUAAAUCAUUCAUUGCUAUGCAAAUGAACUUGCAACAUAUCUUUCCACUUUGAAUCUGGGCUUUUUACUCUGAGAGCCGAAAACAUUUGUGUAUGUUGUUCUUGCUUAUAAUAAUUGUAAAGAUACUGUGUACAUAAGAGAUAUAUGUGUAUAUAUAGAAAGGAAUAUAUAUUUACUGAUCUACAUAUAAAUUACAAAAAAGGUUUACUUGUUAAUCUAAAAGUCAGGAAUGUGUACAAAUUUGUGUUUAUGAUUAUGUAUUUGUACUGUAUUAUACCAAUUUUUGAGGUCUUAUUAAAGCUUUAUGAAUAAGGAUAUUCACAAAAGCAAUUAUCUCAUUUUGACAUAUGCCAUAUUUUGGGUAAGAAACAUAAUGUAAGCAUUAAAGAUUUUAGAUUUACAAAUAUCACAAUUUAAA